AUGAAAACACUGUUUACAAACUUGGCAUUCAACAACAUCAUCAGAAUUGUAGCUGGAAAGCGAUACUACGGUGAUGAUGCAGAGGACGAAGAGGAGGCCAAGGUGGCGAGGCACUUAGUGUCUGAGGCUAUGGCCGGCGACAGUGGACGAAAUCCAGCUGACUAUCUUUCGUUCUUGCGUUGGUUCACAGAUAGUGAAUCACGGAUCAAAGACGUAGCUCAUCGUUUCGACGCAUUCUUACAAAAACUAGUCGAUGAGAAACGUGCGGAGAAAGAAAAAAUAGCUAUAACGUUAGAAUGGGCAUUGUCUAAUUUGUUGAACCAUCAAGAGAUACUAAAGAAAGCAAGAACUGAAAUUGAUGAAAAGAUCGGUUUGGACCGGUUAGUGGAUGAACCGGAUAUUAUGAAUCUUCCUUAUCUUCAAAACAUAAUAUUAGAAACACUCCGUUUGUAUCCUGCUGCUCCAUUACUACUCCCUCACAUGUCAUCUGAAGAUUGCCAGGUGGGAGGUUACGACAUGCCACGAGGCACAAUGUUAUUGAUGAAUGUGUGGGCCAUUCACAGAGACCCGGAGGUAUGGGAAGAGUCAGAACGGUUCAAGCCGGAGAGGUUUGAUAAAGAAGGGGAAGCUCAAAAAGUUAUGCCGUUUGGGCUUGGAAGACGGUCUUGUCCUGGAGCUGGGCUUGCUCAUCGGUUAAUGGGCUUGACUCUUGCGUCGUUGUUGCAAUGUUUCGAGUGGGAGAGAGUUGGUGUCGAACUAAUUGAUAUGAGGGAAGGAAAAGGUGUCACGAUGCCCAAAAAGGAGCCAUUGCGAGCAAUGUGCAGAUCACGUGUUCUUGCCGGUAACAUGAGAAAGACUUUCUUUGAGUAA